AUGAAGAGGUGGUUCGUGGUGCUGGGCCUGCUGGCCGUGGUCUUGGUGCUGGUCAUCAUUGGCCUCUGCCUCUGGCUACCGUCCAGGCAACACAACCACGUGUACCCCAGAGGAGCCGUGGCUGCAGAUGCCAAGCUCUGCUCAGAGAUUGGAAGGGAUGCGCUGCAGGAUGGCGGCUCGGCGGUGGACGCAGCCAUCGCAGCCCUACUGUGCAUGGGGCUCAUGAACGUCCACAGCAUGGGCAUUGGGGGUGGCCUGUUCCUCACCAUCUACAACAGCACCACACGAAAGGCUGAGAUCAUCAAUGCCCGCGAGGUGGCUCCUGGGCUGGCUUCUGCCAGCAUGUUCAACACCUCAGAGCAGUCUCAGGACGGUGGGCUGUCGGUGGCGGUUCCUGGUGAGAUUCGCGGCUAUGAGCUGGCACACCAGCGACACGGGCGGCUGCCCUGGGCUCGCCUCUUCCAGCCCAGCAUCCAGCUGGCCCGCCAGGGCUUCGCUGUGGGCAAGGGCUUGGCGGCAGCCCUGGAGAGUAAGCGGGAUGUCAUCGAGCAGCAGCCUGUCCUGUGUGAGGUGUUCUGCCGGAACGGGAAGGUGCUUCAGGAAGGGGAGAGAGUGACCAUGCCUCGGCUGGCUGACACGUAUGAGACACUGGCCCGCGAGGGUGCCCAGGCCUUCUACAACGGCAGCCUCACAGCCCAGAUUGUCAAGGACAUCCAGGUGGCCGGGGGCAUCGUGACGGCCAAGGACCUGAACAACUACCGCGCUGAGCUGAUCGAGCACCCGCUGAACAUCACCCUGGGGGACUCGGUGCUUUACAUGCCCAGUGCCCCGCUCAGCGGGCCCGUGCUGGCACUCAUCCUCAACAUCCUCAAGGGGUACAACAUGUCCCGGGAGAGCGUGGAGACGCCCAAGCAGAAGGGCCUGACGUACCAUCGUAUCGUGGAGGCCUUCCGGUUUGCCUAUGCCAAGAGGACCCUGCUUGGGGACCCCAAGUUUGUCGAUAUGACUAAGGUGGUCCGCAACAUGAGCUCCGAGUUCUUUGCUGCCCAGCUCCGGGCCCGGAUCUCCGAUGAUACCACUCAUCCGAUCUCCUACUAUGAGCCUGAGUUCUACACGCCCGACGAUGGGGGCACUGCCCACCUAUCCGUGGUUGCAGAGGACGGCAGUGCUGUGUCUGCCACCAGCACCAUCAAUCUCUACUUCGGCUCCAAGGUCCUCUCCCCAGUCAGUGGGAUCCUGUUCAACGAUGAGAUGGAUGACUUCAGCUCUCCCAACAUCAUCAACCAGUUUGGGGUGCCCCCCUCACCGGCCAAUUUCAUCAAGCCAGGGAAGCAACCGCUUUCAUCCAUGUGCCCAACAAUCAUUGUGGGCAAGGAUGGCCGGGUCCGGAUGGUGGUGGGAGCCUCUGGGGGCACGCAGAUCACCACGGCUACUGCACUGGCCAUUAUCCACAGCCUGUGGUUCGGCUACGAUGUGAAGCAGGUGGUGGAGGAGCCCCGGCUGCACAACCAGCUUCUGCCCAACACCACGGUGCUGGAGAGAAACUUUGACCAGGCCGUGACUGCAGCCCUGGAGUCCCGGCACCACCAAACAGAGGUCACUUCCACCUUCAUCGCCGUGGUGCAGGCCAUCGUCCGCACGGCUGGUGGCUGGGCGGCCGCGUCAGACUCCAGGAAAGGCGGGGAGCCUGCCGGCUACUGAGUGCUCAGGGUGGACGAGGCUAACCAGCAACCCAGGGACGAGAUGCUCACCAGGGCCACGAGUCGAACUCUGGGAGACGUGCUCCCCCAUGCGAAUGGCAGAGCUGCACAAUAAACGGGGGCCGCUGCUCCAGGCUCUGGGCAGCCUCGCUGGG